AUGGAAUCAGGUGAUGAUAAUAUGGAUCUGACUGAAGGAGUGUAUCAGCAUAUAGAUUCGACAAAAGAAAUCUGGAAAGCACUCCAAGAUAUGAAGUUAGGGGCCGGCAGCGAUCGAUGGUCGAUUCACGAAGACGCUCGUCGGGUCUUCCCCAAGGAUCAUCGGACCUGUCUGGUGGUUAUGGGGCUUAAUCCAUAUCAUCAGAAUCCAGCGGGGCUUAAGGCUGCUCUACCUAAAGCUUGGCAGCUUACGGGAAGAGUCGAAAGUCAAAUCAAUGAUGAUGGAACAGUGAAUUUCUAUUUUGAGAGUGAACAUCAUAUAUUAAUGGUCUUGGAGAAGGCUCCUUACACUUACCGUGGUUGGCUAGUGGCUUUGUAUAGAUGGAGUAAUCGAAGCUACCCUGACUUUCUGCGCAAUAUACCUUUCAAGGUUAAGAUUCUUAAUCUCCCCAACAUGUACCGAAGGCCAGAGAUAGUCAGGAGCAUAGGAUCCAAGCUAGGUCAAGUCAGAGAAGUUUCAAUCAUAGAACCAACAGUGAAUAGAGCUGCAGAAGUUUCAGUGAAGAUUGACUUCGACAUCGAUGACCCGGAUAUAUUCACAAAGGAAGUUGAAAUCUUCACUAAUAUACCGCCUGUUGAGUUGGGCUUCAGGUACACUGGACUUCAGAAAUUCUGUAUCAUUUGUGGAAGCCUCAGGCAUGAGUUUGAAGUAUGUAAAGAUGCGGCUCUACUCACUCGAAGACAGAUGGAGUUGUUAGAUACUGGUACAAAUCCUUAUCUAUCUGCAGAGGAAAGAAGCUCAGCAAUACGCCAGUACUUAUCCAUUAGACAAGAAGGCGAAACAUCCAGAACUGCAACAGGAGCUCAAACUACUGAAGAAGAAGCUACAGUUGGUAUUAUAACACCAGUAGGAACAGGAGCGAGACCAAAUGCACCCAUGGACUCCACUACUCUAGCCGGAUCCAGUGUUGCACCAGAAGAGCAAGGAACCAAAAGGAAAGCACCUGAAGCAGCUAAUGAGGAAAAUGAAAGAGCUCCAAAAAGACUUGUGUUGAAUCAAUCCGAACUUGAAGAAACUCAAGGUUUGGUGGUUCUCCACAAACCACCACCUCAGCCAUGA